AAAGCCCAUCUUAAUGAUCGAUAUGCACUUUUUCGCAAAUACAGAAUGUAUUCUUAUGUGAAGGGAAUAGUCAAAAACACAUAAAUUAAAUAAAAUUUAACUAUUAAAUUAAUAAAAGCGAAAAAAAGUAUAUGUGGUCGGAUAAUUUAAAAGAUUUUAAGCAAAGAUUAAUAGAAAUUGAGUUUUUUCGAAAAUGGCUACUAAUAAUGAUGACAUUGUAGAUCAAACAUUGUCAGAAAAAUUAUUAGAAAAAGGGCGAAGAUCACCAUUUCUUGUAGCAAGUUUAAUAGGUUUGACAGGUGUUUGUGGCUAUGGUGCUUAUGCUUUUAAGAAGAGAAAGAUAUCUACGCAAUUAUAUCUAAUACAGUUACGAGUUGCUGCACAAGGAACAGCAAUAGCUUGUUUGACGAUAGGAAUGGGUUAUCAUAUGAUAAAGAAACACAUUUUGCAUGAUGAGAAUGAACCAUAAUAUUGGAGAUUAUGUCUAUAGUCUAAUUGUUUCCUAUGUAUAAAAUGAUAAAUUAUUUAUAUAUAUAUAUAUAUAUAUAUAUAUAUGUACACAUAAAAUUUGUUAUAUUUGUAUAUAUACAUAUAUAUAUAUAUAUAUAUAUAUAUAUAUAUAUAUAUAUAUAUAUAUAUAUAGUGAUAAUUGUGAAAAUAUAUGAUAUAUAGUAUAAAUAUUUAUGAAAGCAUGUAAUAUAUGUAUGUGUGUGUGUGUGUGUAUGUAUAUAUAUAUAUAUAUAUAUAUAUA